CCCCUCGCAAAAUGUCUUUGUUGACCUAAGACUCGAAGAUUGCUCCUUAGUUUCAGCUUCGUCCAAGAAUCCAGAGAUCCUGAGGGCUUAGCUUUCUGAUUGUUCCUGUCGUCCUCGCACCCACCGUCUCUCCCGCUAGACAAGACCGUUAAUAGUCUGCUCAUAAGGAUUGUCGGAAUGGCGGCGCUAGCCAGCGGCACCUCUUUGAUCGUUCCCAGCGCGUGUACAGCCACCGGAAAAUCCUCCCUCUCGUGCGCGUCGUCUAGCGUUUAUGGCCUUCCUGCCCUCCAGAUUCGUUCUAGACGCAGCCCUGCAAGCACAUCAUGCCGCGCAUCCCAAAGAAGAAACUUGCAGAUUGUGGCCGCUUCCGACUUGAAAGAAGAGAUGGUGGAGUUUGCGAAUGCUGAAAAGCGGUGGAGGACUCAGAUUGCUGAGGGCAAGGUGAAGUCGCUAUCGGCGAAGGAAGCGGGGUACACGUACCAGUUGUCGGACUACGUUCUGCUGGACGUGCGACCAUCUUAUCAGCGCAACAAGGCCUGGGUGAAAGGCUCGGUGUGGAUCCCUGCUUUCGACGUCGAUACCAGUGCUAGCCCUGGGGUCUUAUCCCAGAAAUUCAUGACUUUCAUGAUGGGAGGAUGGUGGUCUGGAGCAUCAGUGAACAAGAGGAACGAGCGAUUUAUGGCUGACGUUGUGGCAAACAUUCCCAAGAGUGCAAACAUCAUUGUCGCAUGCCAGAAGGGUUUGAGGUCCCUUGCAGCGUGUGAGCACCUUUACAAGGCUGGCUACAGGAAUAUCUAUUGGCUAACUGGUGGCUUUGACACUGCUGGUAACGAGGACUUCGAGCGAGAGGGUCCUGUGCCACUUCAGCUGGCCGGCAUUGGAGGCAUGUCUGAAUUCAUUGGGUGGACUGAUCCUCAACGCCGCCUUGCCAAAACUGAGGGAUGGCAGUACCGUGCCCUAUUUUUUGGCCGACUGCUUGUGGUGUUUCUGGCGUCGGAUCUCGCGCUUAUUGGGCUGCAGCAGCUCAGCUCAUUCUUUCGCGAGCUUGGCCAAUAAAGAGAUCCACACUCCUGUCUCGUGCACUCGGUUCUUGCAUGACGAGUAUAGCUAAUGUACCAUGGUUGGUGAAAGUGAAGUUUUUCUAAUCAAAACUCAUCUCACGUAGCUCUCAUGUACUCUAUGGGAUAUGGCGCUGUAUAAAACGAGGUUCACUGUACCAAAGAUUUUGGGAGCUGGACCUCAGGUUAGCUCAGAUUUUGCGGGCUGGUUGUGC